AUGGCGAACGAUAAACGAGAUGAAAACUCGUCUACUACUAAUUGCAAUUUCCCCAGUCUGAUUCGAGCCGUUUUGGCAGAGUUCAUUGGCACUUUUAUCCUCGUCACAAUUGGAAGUGGCAGCGUAGCUCAAUCGCAAUUGACUAAUGGCAAGAAAGGCGAUUACUUUACCAUCAACUGGGGAUGGGCUUUAGGUUGCUCGUUAGGAAUCUUCGUUUCGUCCAAAGCGUCAGGUGGUCACUUGAAUCCGGCCGUGACGAUGGCCCUGGCCGUGGCCAAAGAUUUCCCCUGGAAGAGGCUACCUGCCUAUUGGUUAGCGCAGUACUCUGGAGCUCUGGUUGCUUCCGGCACUGUUCUAGGCAUCUACUACGAAGCCAUAGUUAUAAGGAAAACCAACGGCGAGUUUCGAAUCAAUUCCAAUUCAUCCGAACCGGAACCGGGUUCGGCAGCCAUUUUCGCUAAUUAUCCAACCCCUUAUUCAUCUGUUGUUACCGGCCUAAUGGAAGAGAUUUUAUCGACCAUGAUCUUCAUGCUGAUCAUUUGCGUUGUGACCAACUCCAGAUAUUCAAAAGUGCCCAAUUUCUUGCAGCCGCUCUACAUCGGUUUCACCUUGCUGGCCAUCGGCGUUGCCUAUGGAUCUAACGGAGGCUACGCUCUUAACCCGGCUCGUGAUUUGGCUCCUCGUUUAGUCACGUAUUUCGGAGGAUGGGGAUCUCGCGUAUUUAGCUUCCGCGGCUACAAUUGGUUUUGGAUUUUCCUGGUCGGGCCACAUGUGGGAGCCCUUCUCGGCGUUGGCAUUUUUCAUUCCGUUUUCUUGCGGUUCGAACGACCAGCGGUCGGAACAGAUGGAACGGAUUCGCAACUGCCGAUGGUGGACUUCGAAUACGCAAUGACCAACGUAUCCGAUAACAAAUCAAACGUCAUCAAAGUGACAAGGAGGCAAAGCCACGAAGAAUACAUUGGAUGCAGCAUAGUCACGCCAAUGUGAAGCAGCCGCAAUAGCAGCAUCAUGUAUUUCUACUGCUUGUAAAGUACCUAAUAUUUAAUAUGAUUCAAUGAUAUUCAUUGGAUUUUUGCUCGUUCAAUCAUGUGGUGCUUGGUGUACCUUUAAGCUUGCAUGUGUGAGCCAGUUCAGUAUCAAAAUACUUAAGAUGCGUAACUAGUGAGACUCGUUCUCUUAGGUUGUCGUUACAGUCGUAGUAUCCCAAGUUAAAAAUUCGUGAUAUGAAUGUGCCACGUACAAUCAAUGUAAUGAGCAAUCAACUAAUGACUGACAUGUAGAUGAA